AUGUUGCUUCAAAUCAAUCAAGCUCUAUUGGAGUUAGAGGAUCAGUUGGUUAUGCUGCACCAGAGUAUGGUAUGGGAAGUGAGGUGUCAACAUAUGGGGAUGUCUAUAGCUAGCUUUGGCAUUCUCUUGCUAGAAUUAUUUACAGAGAAGAGACCCACUGAUCACAUGUUUAGGGACAGCUUGAAUCUUCAUGGCUCUCCUGUGAAAGACAAUGAUUUUGGAAUUGGAUUUCAUACCUCAAACAUAAUGAUUCACUACUUUCGUCAAGGAGGCAUCACCAAUAUUGUCGAUGAAGCUCCCAAUCAAUCCGGCGUGAGAGAACAGAAACUUGAAGAGGAGUUGACUUUGAUAUUUGGAAUUCGAAUCGCCUGUUCUGCCGAGUUCCCAAAGGAUAUCAGUGAUAAAAUCUUCCCUGAACGAGUUGUAGAGAUUCCAGGUGGUGGCUUUCCAAGAAUCCUCCCUGAACGACUAUGGUGCUGUCCUGUUUAUUUCUUUGCAUGUUUGAUAGGAAACAUCGACAGAGGAACCAAAAGGGACAAUUCGAACUUCUUCCAGGUUUCAUAUAAUACUCUUCUAAAAGCUACUGAUAGGUUUUCUUCAGAAAAUUUGAUUGGUGUGGGUACUUUUGGGUCUGUGUAUAAAGCAUUUAUUGAUAGAGCUCAAGUACUUGUUGCUGUGAAGGUAUUUAACUUAUUACACCAAGGGUCUUUGAAGAGUUUCAUAGCUGAAUGUGAGGUGUUGCGAAGUAUCAGGCAUCGCAACAUCGUUAAGAUUAUAACCUCAUGUUCGAGUAUUGAUUUUCGUGGUAAUGAUUUCAAGGCUCUGGUUUAUGAGUUCAUGGAGAAUGGUACCUUGGAAGAGUGGCUUCAUCCAACUGUUGGAACACAAAAGGUAAGAAGCGCACCCAAGAAUUUAAGUUUUGUUCAGAGGCUAGACAUUGCCAUUGAUGUUGCUUGUGCACUGGAUUAUCUUCAUAAUCAUUGUGAUACACCAAUAGUUCAUUGUGAUCUAAAGCCGAGCAAUAUUCUUUUGGACAAUGACUUGACUGGACGGGUUUCUGACUUUGGACUAGCAAGAUUUCUCUCCAAACCCAAUAACAUUUCUACAAAUCUACCAGGUGUCAUUAAAUUAAGAGGACCUGUUAGCUAUGUUGCGCCAGAGUAUGAAACGGGAAGUGAGGCAUCAACACAUGGGGAUGUGUAUAGCUUUGGGAUUCUCUUGUUAGAGAUGUUUACAGGAAAGAAACCCAGUGACCGCUUGAACCUUCAUAAAUUUGUGAGUAUGUCUUACUUUGAGGGAGUAUUUCCAGAGAUUGCAGAUCCAAGACUGCUUCUUCAAGGAGGCAACAGUCCUCCCAGUAAAUGCAGUGUGAAAUUCAAAUCGGAAAUUGGGCAGUGCUUGAGAUCGAUAUUUGAAAUUGGAAUUGUGUGUUCCAGUUGUUAAGAGUGAAGCAUCAUCAGCUCAAGGAAUCACCAUCAGCUCAAGUCAAUUAGCAAGCCAACUAGCAACAACGACAUUAAGUCAAGGUCAAAGUUCAUCAAGUCAAGGUCAAACUUCCCUACAGAAUGAUAAGGACCAUGAAGAUCAAGCAUAACUGGUGCCACGUGGCUGUCAUCCAUCCAUUAUGUUACUAAUUAGCAACAGAAUUAGCACGUGAUGAUGUGCAUGAAUUAACCAAUAUAAAUAUCCUAAUUGCUACAGUAAUUAGUUAGCUAAGCAUUUUCUCUGUAACAAACACUCAGUGAUAUAAUCAAGAUCGUUUAGCUCUCUCUCUCCUUUUUCCUUCGUCUUCUUCCUCCUUUCUCUGGUUCAAGGGUUUUCAAUCGCACCAUCACUACUCCAUAAUUUCCAACAUGGUAUCAAAGCCCAUGGUGUUUGGACCAUCGAUCCUUCAUAGCUCUCCGCUGCAACUCCAAUCCGAUUCGUCGUCAAGCUAUCCACUGCAAUUUCGAUCCGAUCUGCCAUCGAAAGCCUAAGUUCCUCUUCUUCUAUCUUUGUUCUUCCAGUUCUUUGCUCAAAUUACCAAUAGAAAAUCAUUACUGUUCAAGAUAUUACUCAAGAAUCAAGCAAAGUUAACAAGAAAAAUAUCAUAUAUCGGUGAAAGAAAUCAGAUUCUCUACUCAUAGAUCUACUAUUCUGUUCUUGGUUUGUGGAUAUUGGUUCAUGAAUCAAGAUUUGAGGCUAUUUUCAUAGCAAUUUGUGUGGCUCAUACCUUUUGAGCGUUUGUGGCUAUCCUCUAUAGCUGUUUGUCGAGGUUCAAGAUUCAAUCUUUUAGAUCAUUCUUCUCUCAGAUCAAGGGUUGAAACAUCAUGGCGUUUCCCACUCAGACCUGCAACACUAUCUCCGUCAGAUUGGAUGAGACAAAUUACCCUACUUGGGUCUUUCAAAUGCAACAUCAUCUCAGAGGUCAUGGCCUCUUGAAGUUUGUGGAUGGAUCUCAUCCCUGUCCACCACAAUUCAUUGUUGAAAAUGAAGGUAAUCUUACUGACAAUUCUUGUGCUCAUGAGAAAUGGAUGGAACAGGAUAGUGCUCUUAUUUCUAUGUUGAUUAACACCUUAUCACCUGAAGCACUCACUCUUGUUACUGGUUGCACAUCUUCAAUGGAAGUUUGGUUGACACUUAAGAAACGAUAUGCAACUGUCAAUGAAGCUCAUGUUAUGCAGUUAAAAUCUACUUUGCAAAAUAUUCAGAAAGGUAGUGAUUCGAUAGAAAAAUAUUUGCUGAAGUUUAAGACUGUGAGAGAUCAACUUGCUGUGCUUGGGGUUAAGAUGUCUGAUCAAGAUGUAAAAGUUCUAAUUCUUGCUGGAUUACCUAGUGAAUAUGGUCAUACUAGACAGAUUAUAAGAGGAAAGAGCAUUGAUCUGGAAGAGGUUAGGUCCUUACUACUAUCAGCAGAAUGUGAGAUUGAACUUGAGCAAAAGGCUUCACCAUUGACUCAACUCACUGCCUUGCUUAGCCAUACUAUUAGUACUGCAUCUACAUCUACUCAACCAGAAAAACCAAAUCCUCUUGCACAACUUACUGCCUUACUUGCUCAAAGUGUCUUGGGAGCCACUAACACUGCUGCAACAUAUACUGUUACUCAUGUAAAUUCCUACAAUAGACCUGCAAAUCCUGUGAGUCAGACCAACUUUGUGGCCCCUCCUGUCCAUGGUACAAUGGUUACUAGUGCUGGUUAUGGUAAUGGACAAAAUAUGUUGAGUGGUCAAGUAUCUCAACCAUCCGGAUUCUUGGCAAACAGUGGAGGAAACAACAUGCAGCAGCAACAAAAUUUCUCUCAGCAUGGUGGCUUCUCUCAACAAAAUUUCUCUCAGAAUGGUGGCUUCUCUCAGAAUCCUGGCUAUAGCACCAAUCAAGGUUCAUAUUCUGAAGAUCAGAACAACUAUCCACAGUUCCCAGCUCAAGGAAGUUUCAAGAACAAUAACAAUCUCAGAGGCAAUAAUCAGAGGAACAUAAGGGGAAACAAUACAACUCAGAACUUCAAUGGUCCACUUAUCUGUCAAAUCUGUGAGAAACCAGGCCAUGGUGCCUGGAGAUGCUUUCAAAGAAGAGAAAAUUAGAAAAAAACCCAAAAAAUGAAGCUCCUUUUAAGAGAAACCCAAUCCUAUGUUUUCUUUUAAUCUACACCCAUUCAUAUAAUUAAACCUACCGUAUAGGUUUUAAGUCUAUAAUUAAGUUUUUUUCUCGUUUUUUUAGUUUGACUAUUUUACCCUUCUCGUCGAAGAAGGAAAAUAUUCCUCAAAUAUAGGUUUUUUUUUUUUUUUGAAUUUGAAUAUGGUAUCAGUUAUAAACACAAAUUAGAAUUUAAUACCAUCAAUUUAUUUUUCCUGAUUUAAAAACCAUUAAUUGCCUUAAUUAUUGUAUAUCUCUUCCUUUCUGAUUUGACCUAUAUAUUUGCCAUUUUUUAGUAGAUAUGUUUGUGUAGAUAAUCCUAUUAUUAAAUAUGUCAACGUGAUUAAUACCUUAAUUAUUGUAUGUAACUGAUGCCAUAUUUUAGGAGAUAUGUUUGUGGAGAUAUUCAUUAUUUAAAAAGAUUAAUUGUCUUAAUUAUUGUAUAUCUCUUCCUUUCAGAUUUGAUCUUUAUAUUUGCUAUUUUAAAGUAGAUGUGGUUGUGUAGAUAUUCCUAUUAGAUUUCGUAGAUUUCUCAAUCUCAUUAAACAUCCUUUUGUGGAGGUAUUCCUAUCAUGUAGUGAUUAAACAUCCUUUUGUAUUUUGUCUCGUAUGAAAUUUCAGCUAUUACUAUGGAAGUUAUGUGUUUUAGUUGUGUUGUUGUAUUCCAUUAGUUAAGUUUUAUGAAAUACUCUCACACGUCACCACUCAAUACACAGUUCGUUCACUUGCUACUUUGGGUAUCUCUAGAUGAACCAUAGGUAGAAUUGUGUACUUUUUCCUAUCGUGCAGGUGUCAAAUAUCGUAUGAGUUUUCACAUUCGCAAGUGAUUUAGAUAUACCUAUCAUUUAUGAGUUUACAUUUUGUGUCUAUCAAUCAGGGAAUAACUUAGGUACAAUAAACCGUGGGUAAAAUUGCAUAAUUUUGUCUACUAUUCAGGUGUUACAUAUAUUGACUAACUUUGGUAGCAUAAACCCUAGGUAAUAUUGAAUAAAUUUGCCUACCAUUCAGGUGUUUAACAUCUAGUGGGUUUUAAUAUACGCAACUAAUUUAGGUACCUAUUAUCCAGAAAGUUCACAAUUUGUACGUAAAUCGUCCAGCGAAUGCCUUAUGCACCUAUAACUCCGGUUUCAGGAAA